AAGAUGGCUUCCCAUGUCCUUCUUCUUGCUCUCUUAGCUUUCUCUUUCUCUUAUUCACUUGCUUCAGACCCUAGUCCUCUCCAAGACUUUUGUGUGGCAGACCUCAACUCUAAUGUGUUUUUCAAUGGCUUUGUUUGCAAGAAUCCAAAGCUCGUUACAGCCGAUGAUUUCACCGCACACGGCCUCAACAAACCAGGGAACACAUCAAACCCUCAAGGGUCAGCGGUGACACCAGUGUUUGUAGAACAACUUACUGGGUUGAACACUCUUGGAAUAUCACUGGCAAGACUUGAUUUCGCUCCUUAUGGUCUCAUUGUCCCUCAUUAUCAUCCCCGUGGCACCGAGAUCAUGACGGUGCUUGAAGGCGAGCUUUAUGUCGGCUUUGUCACCUCCGCUCCCGAUUUCAAGCUGUUCGCGAAGAUUGUGAAAAAAGGAGAUGUGUUUGUCUUCCCCAAAGGCCUUGUUCACUUCCAAUUCAAUUAUGGUGCCAAGAAAGCAGUGGCCAUUUCAGGCUUAGGGAGUCAAGAUCCUGGUGUGGUGCUUGUCCCUAAUACUGUUUUUGGUUCUAAUCCACCCAUUAAUGAUGGUAUUCUUGCUAAGGCCUUCCAAUUGGACAAGAAGAUCAUUGAUUAUCUUCAGUCUAAAUUCUAGUUAGCGAGCGAAUGCUGUCAUUCUUCAAUGGGAUUCAUUUAUUGUUGUGUUUGUUAUAGAUAUGUGUUUGUGAUUUCUGUAUUUGCUGAAUAUGUUUGUUUGUUCGAAAUG